AUGCUGCGGCCCGCGGACCCCACGCUCCCGGGGGGUCUGGAAAAUAAGGACACCGUCCACCGGAAGCGCCCGAGUGUCGUACGCCAGGCGACAUUCUUCACGACGGUGCUGAUCCUCGUGGCGUUGGUUCAGCUUAUCCAACCAUCAACGGCAGCGGUGUGCAACCAGACGGCGUGUGAUUGUAAAGGGCUGAAAGGCCAACACGGACAGAUCGGUCCACAUGGCGUGCCUGGACAAAGCGGAGAACCUGGCGAUAUUGGUUUCGAUGGACCACCAGGAAUGAGUGGUGAAUAUGGCAACCGUGGUGAAUUGGGCACUGCAGGGCAGAAGGGCUUCCGGGGUGACACCGGUGAACGAGGACCCCUGGGAGCGUACGGAUACCCGGGAAUGCCAGGUGAACCGGGUUUCCGCGGUCCGUACGGUAUCGAUGGAUGCAACGGAACGGAUGGUGCGAUGGGUCCACCCGGAUAUCCGGGUCCACCAGGUGAACGAGGACCUCAGGGUCCACCUGGGCUGCUAGGACCUCGUGGCGACUCCGGUGAAGGAGGCAUCAAUUCCAAAGGCACGAAGGGUGAUCGUGGUGUGGCUGGUGUACCCGGUGUGAUGGGCCAACAGGGUUGGCAGGGUGGCCGUGGCAGCGAUGGAUACGACGGAAUAACGGGCCCACCAGGCGAUAAUGGGGUGCCAGGAAUGAAGGGUGAUCGGGGUGAACCCAGUGAUGACUUUUGCCCAGGCGAACCAGGUGAUCCGGGUGAACCGUACUAUUACUUCGUCGGCAAAAACGAAACGGUUAACAUCGGUGUGAAGGGCCCCAAGGGCGAUCGAGGAUACGACGGGUUGCCUGGCCAGCACGGAAUGAUGGGUGACUCGGGCAUGCAGGGUGAUCGUGGCCAAAAGGGCUUCAAAGGCGAAGAAGGAAAGCUUGGAGAUCGUGGCAAACAGGGCAAGGAAGGUCCUCCAGGUGCGGCAGGUGAUAAGGGUGAAAAAGGCGCGCCAGGAUACGCCGGUCGUGAUGGUAUGUCCGGUGACAAAGGUCUCCCGGGUGACGAUGGACGCUCAGGACUCCCGGGUGUGCAAGGACCCCCGGGUGCGAAGGGUGAAUACCGACCGGAACUGGCCCCAAUCGUGAUUGGACCGCAAGGACCUCAAGGUGACAUCGGACCACUAGGACGACCCGGUAUGAGUGGCAUUCCCGGUAAUAAGGGGCUGCGAGGACCGAUGGGUCCUCCAGGACUACCAGGUGAUGCGGGUUUAAAUGGACGCCCAGGACCAAAAGGCAUUUCCCCCGCCGGACAGCGAGGAGACGACGGUGAAGGAGGUCCUCCGGGACAGCACGGACCCCGUGGAACACCGGGUCAGGCAGGCAUCAAGGGCCAGGUGGGCUUUGCGGGCCGCAAUUUCCCAGGCGCAAAGGGCGAACCGGGCACGAACGGUGUGAAUGGAGAGUUUGGUGAAAAGGGCGAUCAAGGAGACGAUGGAUUGUCCGGUGAUAAGGGCAUGCCCGGUAUCGGUGUGAAUAUCACGGGUCCUCCAGGACCUGCGGGAUUGCCUGGACGAGCCGGGCCUCCUGGUGAUUGGGGCUUCAACGGCAACAAUGGAGUACGAGGUGAUAAGGGCUUCCGUGGAGAGGACUGCGGCAUGUGUCCUCCAGGACCUCGUGGUACAAAGGGCGAAGAUGGUGACAUCGGACGACCCGGUUUGGAUGGGUAUGAUGGUAACCGGGGCCUUACAGGACCACGUGGCUACCCGGGUAUCUCAGGCAAGCAGGGUCUAAAGGGCUUACAAGGCCGUAAAGGAGACCACGGUGAUCUUGGUGAACGGGGUGCACCGGGUGAACCGGGCCGACCGGGUGUCCUGCGAAGGGCGAAGGACUUCAUCGAUCUGACACCGGAACAGGGCGAUCGUGGUGAUCGUGGACCACGCGGCGAUCAAGGUGCGACGGGUGAUUUAGGUGAUUUUGGUGGCUUCGGUUAUCCGGGACGUCCUGGUGAACCGGGAGAGUACGGUGACGAUGGAGACGCUGGUCGACCCGGUUUGGAUGGCCGACCAGGAGUGGAUGGGCGUGAUGGAACACCGGGACGGGAUGCGUACAUGAACGAGUACAACGUGUGGUCGAUUCGUGGCACACCAGGAGUACCAGGAGAUAAAGGUGGCAAAGGUGAACGCGGUGAUCAAGGCGAUCGUGGUGAACCAGGCGCAAUGUCCGAAAUGACCUUCAGCAUCACAGGAGCCAAGGGCGUUAAGGGCGAGUUUGGUUUCGUGGGUUUGAAAGGCGAGAAGGGCUACAAAGGCGAGAUGGGACCGCACGGGCUGCGUGGUAUCGAUGGACCAGCCGGUUUGCCCGGCAUCAGCAUUCAAGGGCCCGACGGUUACAAGGGCUAUUACGGUGUGAUUGGAGACCACGGGCAACCAGGCGCGCCCGGUGAAGACGGUCUAUCCGGACCGGAUGGUAUGCCCGGACUGCAAGGGCUCCGUGGUCAGCGUGGUGAUCCUGGCCGACCGAUUCUGAUGGGCGAAAAGGGCGUCGAAGGUGAGGGUGGUUUCUACGGCGAGAUCGGUGAUAAGGGCUUCAAGGGUCCGGAAGGCAUCCGCGGCCAGUACGGCGUACCGGGUGUGAAGGGCGAACGUGGUGACCCCGGACCGUUCGGGCAAACAGGGUUGCGAGGAAAUAAGGGCCAAAUGGGUGACAUCAUCUACGGUGAUCGUGGUGCACCGGGAUUACACGGACGGGAUGGGUUGCAGGCACCGUACGGUGAUAAGGGCGAACGUGGUGACUGGGGUCUUGAGGGUAUGCAAGGGCCGAAGGGCGAACGGGGCGAGAUUGGGCGUGACGGGUUGCCAGGAUUGCCCGGCGACGACGGAUUACCCGGUGAGCAGGGUUUGCGAGGGCGCAUGGGGGAUAUGGGUGAGGAAGGGUACCAGGGUGAGCGCGGCCUGUUCGGUGAUCAAGGACACGUGGGGUUGACGGGUAGCCGAGGUUUCCCGGGUGUGCGCGGUCCUAAGGGCUUUAUGGGUGAUCCCGGAGACAUGGGAUACCCGGGGCGAGAUGGAGCUCCCGGGCGGAAGGGUGAGCGGGGUGACUUUGGUGAGAUGGGACCACGUGGGCGGAAGGGCAGUGGAUCGUUUAGUGGCAUGAAGGGUGAGGAAGGGUUGACGGGAGCGCGGGGACCACCGGGAUUCAACGCGCGACCGGGUGCGAUGGGUCGCAAGGGUGAGGAAGGUGACGCAGGAACCGUGAUCGAUGGAUACCCGGGUGUGAAGGGUCAAAAGGGUGCACCAGGAUUCCCGGGAAUCCCCGGUCGACCGGGGGCGAAGGGUGAACGUGGGCUAGUGGGUGUGUUUGGUCCGAAGGGUAUCGCGGGAGAUAAAGGACGCGAUGGGUAUCCGGGUAUGGCGGGUCGUCCUGGUCGCACUGGUCCUCGGGGACCUCUAGGACAGGUGGGUGAAUCCGGAUCACGAGGUGAACCGGGUGAAGAAGGUGAAUUUGGACCGGUGGGAUUCCCGGGAGAAAAGGGCACGCGAGGGGACGUAGGACUUCCGGGUUUCACGGGAGUUCCCGGAAAUCGAGGUGACCCCGGUUUGCCCGGUAUUCCCGGUAACCUGUUGAUGCAAUCCGCUCAGGUCGGUGAUCGAGGUGAUCCGGCCCCACAAGGACCUGAGGGCGAUGAAGGGCCACCAGGGUUGAAGGGCCAGAGAGGCUAUCCGGGACGUAAAGGUGAUCGGGGAGCACCAGGAUUCGUCGGUAUGGGUGGUAUCGAAGGACACGAUGGACCGAAGGGUCAACGGGGUGAUCCGGGUCGUAAAGGACCACCUGGUCAGAUGGACGAGCGGCCGGAACGAGGAGAUCAAGGUGAAGCAGGUUACGACGGAUUCACGGGACGUCCAGGACUUCCGGGAAAUAAGGGCGCACCGGGUGAUUACGGUGAAAACGGACCGACGGGACUUCCGGGUAUGGCUGGCCAGGUGAAUGGUGCUUGGAAGGGCGUAAAGGGUGACGUCGGGUUUGAGGGUGCUCCGGGGGCUGAUGGGUUACCGGGAAUGCCGGGUGAACCCGGUCCGAUGGGUCCCGUUGGUCCUCGAGGGCUGCCCGGUAGCAUUGGCCCAAUGAUGCCUGGUUUCCGUGGUGACCUUGGAGAGGAUGGACUGCCAGGGCUGGAGGGAAUGCAAGGACCACCUGGGUUCUUGGGUGAUCGUGGAGCACCUGGUUUGCCAGGGCUGCGUGGAUUACCGGGUCCUAAGGGUCUGCAAGGUGAGCAAGGCCAACCGGGCUUCGAUGGAUUGUACGGGUACACAGGCGUGAAGGGUGAACCGGGUGAUUUGCCACCGCUGAACAAUUGGAGACCUACACAACCCGGUGAUCGUGGACCGGCUGGAUUGCGGGGAGAACUAGGAGACGAAGGUGACCUUGGCCCUCCUGGUUAUCCAGGUUCGCGUGGUGUUAAAGGUUUGCAAGGGUUGCAGGGUGAACAGGGCGCUACGGGUGAGGUCGGUUUCAAGGGUGAACGGGGUAUUGCGGGUGCGCCAGGACGCAGCGGAAUCGAGGGACUUCCGGGAUUGCCGGGAAUGCCAGGAGAGUCCGCAGGUCCUCCACCACCGCCCAAAAACCUUGGGUAUCUGUUCGCACGCCACUCGCAGAAGGUGUCCAUCCCGGAGUGCCCGAUCAACACGCAUAAACUGUGGGACGGGUACUCACUGGUGAACGUGAUCGCGAACAGUCGAUCGGUGGGUCAGGAUCUCGGUACGGCCGGGUCUUGUUUGCGCCGGUUCAGCACGAUGCCUUUCAUGUUCUGUGAUAUCAACAACGUGUGUAAUUACGCCUCCAACAAUGACGAUACGAUCUGGUUGGCCACACCCGAACCCAUGCCCAUGUCGAUGGCUCCGAUUCCGGCGGAUCAGGUUGAGCGGUACAUCUCCCGGUGUGCCGUCUGUGAGUCGAACACACGCGUCAUGGCUCUUCACAGUCAAUCGAUGACGAUUCCGGACUGCCCUGAGGGUUGGGAAGAGCUUUGGCUUGGAUACAGCUACGCUAUGCAUUCAUCCGAUAACACGGGAGGUGUUGGGCAGGAUUUCGUAUCACCCGGAUCGUGCAUGGAGGAAUUCCGAGCACAACCUGUCAUCGAGUGUCACGGGCAUGGAACGUGCAAUUUCUACGACGGUAUCUCCUCAUUCUGGCUCACGGUCAUCGAAGAUGCGAUGCAAUUCAGCAAACCACAGCCGCAAACGCUCAAAGCGCAUCAAACAAGCAAAAUCAGUCGAUGCAUCGUUUGUCGCAGGAAGGCGGGCAUUAUGCGGGUUCUUCACGGUGGCAGCACGAUAACGGCUUCCGCCCUGCGCAGACCGGAAAUUUCGACCGUUUCCCGACCACGGUACCCAGUGCCACAGUCAAGAAAUCGCGUUUCGUCUUCGAGACAGCGCAGCCGCUACCGCCAUCAGGGCUAGUUUGGCCAUGCUGGCCAACUUGUUAGUAUAUAAGCGUGUUUAAGUUUAAAUGUGCCAUCAUUGCCCGCUGGAGGUGCACUAAGAGCCAGAAUCAACCUUUCUUACUUCCCCCCUGAACAAUUCCACAACUCCGUUUCCUAACGUAUCCUUGACCCUCCGAGACUUAGGGCGGGCGCGUACACGUCGUGUUCUAACAACAAAACUGCCAUGCAACAAUCGCAAUUCCUACGGAAAGCAUCUGAAAAAAAAGAAACCCAGCUUUACCGUUACCAGCAGCGUGGAUGUCCUUACAGCUCCAAAGAGACGUGCGUCAUCUGUACCGGUACUGGUCUUCUAUCCUCACUAACGUCGGACGUGGUUGCCUGCUACGUGCCAGUGGAACGAUGACCGUGAGCCACCGCAGGUUCGCUUGCUAGGUUUAUCGUCACAAGCAUCAGCUUUAUAAGUUAGAAAACCAAUGAAACGAAUAUGUAUGCGAGUUGCUCGAUUAAUAAAACUAAA